AGAGGAGGAGGGACCCGGACCCGGAGGGACCAGGACCUGCAGUCUCUGCUCCAGGACUCUGACUGAAAAACAUCAAAUCUUAGAUCCUGAGCUCCGACAGGUGAUGACGUCACACAGGAAGUGGGCCACGGCUCAUGACACCCUCCAGGACCUCCUCCAGGACGAGGUUCCCUCAGACCCUCCUGGACCUCAGAGGGACCAACUGCAGGUCCUCCAGGACCGGGCUGUCCUCUACCUGAAGUACCUGCAGAUCUUCCGGGAUCUGGAGGAGGUCUACGAGCAGCUGGUCCAGCCCCAGAAGAGGAGGGCCGUCCGGACAGUCCUGGAGGGGCUGAUGGGUCGACUCCUGGAACUCAAGGCUCAGAUGGUGGAGCUGGACCUGUCCGAGUUCCACUACUUUGAUGAGCUGCUGCUUGACCUUAAGAUGACCCCGAAGGACCUGGAGGUGCCCCUCCCACGGUGUUUCCUCAGAAACUGGACUGAGCAGCAGAGACUCAAACACACUAUCGUGUCCAACAUCCUGGAGAAACAACGAGCCAAUCAGACGACCUCCUCAGUCCCUGUCCUGAAUCUGGAGGAGGCAGUCCGACUCCUGCAGGCGUCUGAGCGCGCUCGGCAGGGACGAAUAAGAGCUCGGUUCAUGACUGAGCUCGUCCAAUCAGAGCGAGACGGCAGGAGACACACCUGGAGACCAACACACCUGAGCCUGGACCAGGCCGCAAUCCAGAUCCAGAAGGUGUGGAGAGGACACGUUCAGAGGAGGAUCGCCAACAGAGAGCGGACUGAAGAGAUGAUCUUUCUCGGAAUGAUCCCGGCUGAGCCUCCUGGUCCCAGUCCAGCCCAGCUCCAGGCCCAGCAGGUCUCAGCAGGUCUGAGGCUGAUCCAGGACCAGAAUGAGGAGGAGUACCGGAGAGCCCAGCUCAGUGUGAAGCAGUCAGUUCUCAGGGUGGAGGGAACCGACAUGAAGGAGACUCUGCAGGACCAGAUCCGACAGUGGUUCCUCGAGUACAGAGAUGCCACAGGGAGGUUUCCAGAUCUCCCAGACGAGGAGGACGGAGGAUCAGCUGCUCUGUUUGCUCAGAAAACACCUGAACAGGUUUCAGCCGAGCUGUCGGCCAGAGAGACGGAGAGAGAGGAGAAGAAGAAGAAAAAGAAGAAGAAAGAAGAGACAGAGACUGACAGAUGUGGCACAGAUGUUUCCAGCUGUUUCCUCCCUGAUCUUUCUGCAGCACACAGAGUUUUCAGAGAUGUGUGGUGUUGCCGUGACAACCCUCAGAUGACCGUUGACGUGCAGUUGCUCAGAGAGGAGAAGAGACAGGAAGUGGAACAGGAAGUCAGACUCCAGGUGGAUGAGCUGAUGAGGGCGGAGCUAAAGACCUUCAAACUGGUCGUUGACAAAACAAAGAAGACCAAGAAAGGAAACAAGAAAGUCAAGAAGAAAAAAAAAAACAAGAAGAAGAAAAAAGAGAGAGACCUGACAGCAGACAGGUCUCUCCAGUCUUUGUGUGAGGAGCUGGUUGAAAACUGUUUCCUCAUCAGACCAGAGAACAUCAGAAUCUCUCAGUUCAUCGGUGAGUUCAGUUACCUGGCCUCGACUCUGCGACAGGUGAACAUUGAACCGAUGCCGUCUCUGUCUGACGUCCGACAGCUCGUCACUCUGUACGGCGUGCUGCCGCUGGGAUCCCAGGUGGUCCUGGAGAAGACUCUGCUCCUGGCUGGUCCGUCUGGAGUCGGGAAGAAGAUGCUGGUCCAGGCGAUCUGCAGCGAGACCGGGGCUCACCUGUUCCACCUGAGCCCCACCCACCUGAGCCACAGGUACCCUGGUAGAGGGGGGGCUGCCUACCUGCUGCACCUGGUCUUCAAGGUAGCAGGUGAGCUGCAGCCGUCGGUGAUCUGGAUUGAAGACGUAGAGAAAACCUUUUCCAAGAAAACCAGGAAGAGCAACAGAGAGUCUGACCCUCGGAGGAUGAAGAGGGACCUGCUGAGAUCUCUGAGGACUCUGAGACCGGAGGAUCAAGUCCUGGUGAUCGGGACGACUCGGAGGCCAUUCGAUGCUGAAACCAAACCGUUCUGUAAAGUCUGGAAGAAGAUCGUCCCAAUCCCCAAACCGGACUACAGCUCCAGACUGGCCCUGUGGAGGGAGCUGCUGCGCUCUCAGGGGGCGGAGCCUGGUCCGGGUCUGGACCUCAGCUCAUUGGCUAAAAUCACUGACGGUUUCACCCCGGGUCACAUCCUGUCUGCGGUGCGCUCAGUGCUCCGCCCCCACAGGCUGAAGAAGCUCCGCCUCCAGCCGCUGACGGCCUCUGAAUUCAUCCAAUCACUGUCGAGGAUGGAGCCGGUGUACCAGGAGGAGGAGGAGGCCUUCAAGGUGUGGUUCAGUAAGACGCCGCUCAGCAGGAGGAGAGCUCGAGCCAUCAACACCAACGAAGGAGCAGGAGGAGGAGGGAAAACAGGAAAGAAGAAGAGUAAAGGCGACAGAGAGCAGACGACAAAGAAGAAAACAAAGAAGAAGAAGAAAUGAGUUGAACUGUUAAUGUUAGAAAAUCUUUUAUUUUGAAAAACUCUGUUUUUAUUAGUUUUAUUAUGACAGUGAUAAAAUAGAAAGUGUGAAGAGAAUACACAAACAGAUGAAGUUCAGUUUCCCGCCUCUGCUGUGACACUGCAGUUCAGUCCUGAGCCGCCAGGUGGCAGCAGAGCACCGUCUCUCUCUCUCUCUCUCUCUCUCUCUCUCUCUCUCUCUCUCUCUCUCUCUCUCACUCUCUCUCUCUCUCUCUCUCUCACACACACACACACACACACACACACCUGGAUGUAAUGAGUGUGACGCAGGUGCAGCUCAGACCGCAGCGGAUCAUCUCCAGUUUCCCGCUGAAGACUCCAACACUCAGGUAUUUAACUGAACCACAGGAGCACAUUAAACUGUACAGUGAUGCACUCUGACCGCACCAAACUCUAUUCACAAAUCACGCUAUUUGAACUUCUUUUCCCCUGUGAAACCCCGCAGGACGUGGUUAAAAAGAUGUUGUUUAUCAGUAGAAAACAUCAAUAAAACUCAGCGGAAUUCAGUAGAAAGCCUCGGUGAGAUCUGACACAUCUGAAAACACUGUUAGACAGUAAACACACCACUGAGCAGGAGAGCUUAAAUAACCUGUUUUUUGUACGGAGUUUGGUGUAAAGUCCAUUUAAAAUGACGUAAUUGUGACGACAUUUAGUACAGUUGAAUGAUAUUUCCUGGUCAUAAUUUGGCAUAUAGUUAACUGAAGGCAGCGACAGUAAAAUACACGGUUUUAAAACGCAGUUUGGUGUAAAGUCACUGAAACGCUAAUGUGAAAUAUUACAAUUUAAAUCCCGAAUUCACCAGAGGAUCGAGAUCAUCUGUUAAAUCUAUUUGAAUAUUUUAUGAAUGUUACAUUAUAUCAUCAUCGGAGGCGGCAAACUAAAAAUAACGAGAAUUUUAAAUGGAGUUUGGUUCUGCGUGUCCGUUAUGAUACUUAACUACUUAUGUGUAUACUGUAAUGAUUAAUUUGCCGAAUUCAUCAGAAGACCUCACUGAUUAGUUAAAUGUUUUCAAACAUUUUUCUGUCGCCGUUUUAUGUCGUCACUGAAGGCAGCUACAAUAAAACGACAAAAUCUUUAA